AUGGGUGGCCAAAGCUUUGGAGGGUUUGGAUCUGUUCACGAUAUCAUGCCGCGCUCAGAGCGCCAGUAUCUCGCCGCUGUGCUGGCGAUUCCAGUUGCAAUCCUCCUCUUCAACAUGGCGCCUCUAUUAGGCGGUCUGUUCGGGAGCGGUCGUACCGUCCUCAUCGAGACACAGCACAUCGCAUACAAGGGACUCGUGCUCCGUAAUGGCAAAGUCGCAACGUUCUACGGCAUCCCAUAUGCUGAACCGCCAGUGGGAGCGAACCGCUUUCGCGCCCCAAUACCAUUGAAGAGGCAUACUGCUCUUGGAGACGUAAGAAAUAUGGUAGACGCAACGCGACAGCCAAAGUUUUGUCCACAGUUUUCUCUCAUGAACGACAAAGACACGCACGCUGGCGAAGGUUCUGAAGACUGCCUUUACCUGAACGUGUAUACUCCACCGCACGUUCUCGGCUCUACGGAAAAACUACCCGUUUUGGUGUACAUCCAUGGCGGAGGAUUCGUCCAAGGAAACCCUCUAGGUUGGCCAUUCGAACAUUGGAUUGAGCAGUACCCCAACAUUGUGAUUGUAUCCAUAUACUAUCGCCUUGGCAUCUUUGGAUUCCUGACUGCGCCCGACGCUGGGGAUGCCCUUGACUCGAAUGCUGGCAUUCUCGACCAGGUUGAGGCCCUUCGUUGGGUGAAUGAGAAUAUUGCUCAUUUCGGAGGAGAUCCUGAAAAGGUCACGAUCAACGGGCAAAGUGCCGGCGCAGCCUCUGUUGCAUUACAUCUUCUCAUGAACGGAGGAAAACAGCAACUAUUUCAUCAAGCUAUCCUUCAGAGUCUCUACCGCCCCCCUCUCCGCAAAGUAUCAGAGACCAAGGAUUCAUUCCAAUGGGUUGUUAAAGAGGCUGGCUGCCAUAUUGGGGCCUUGUCGACUGCGGAACAAGUUGCUUGCCUUCGGACAAAGGACAAGGCGAAGCUCGUCUCAGCAGCAGAGUCAGCCUAUAACCAUAACAUUUCAUGGUACUUUAUCCCCACCGUCGACGGGGAACGAGUCCGAACUGGUCCAACGCAACUGUUCAACCAACAUAAGUUUAGCAAAAUUCCCAUUCUAGUUGGGGCGACGACAGACGAGACUAUUGCGGGGUCAGACAAUAUGCACCAAGAAAUUCAGCGAAGAUUUUCGUUUCUUUCGGAAGACGAUGUUCAUUCCUUUAAUAAGAUCUAUAGACCCGAAUCAUUUACGGACGAGGAGAUACGGGUUAGGACUGCGUUGGGCGAAGCGGUGUUACGAUGUGGCCGCGAACAUUUGGCAGAGUUAUAUGCUGCGGAAGGACUACCUGUAUACGCGUAUCGUUUCGAUCAAGCAAACCCCACUCGACCAGGGAGAGGGGUUGAGCACUCGGCAGAAAACUGGUGGAUGUUCCAAGGUGUCAAUACAGGAAUUAAUGGCAGUUAUACUCUCACAAAAUUCACCUCGCCGUCUCAAAAGCAGUUCGAGAGGGAGCUAUUGGCCUUUUGGGUCUCCUUUGUUCGCACUGGUGACCCGAACAAGUAUCGACUUGCAAAUGCACCGGAAUGGCCGAGGUGGGAAAAUGAAAAGAAAAACCUUUGGGGCAAGGUCGUCUCAAGUCCAGCGCGGAUGGUACUCAAGCAAGGCGAGACGGGUCUCACUUCCGACGACUAUCAGCCGGGGAGCUUUGUAGAGGAUCAGCCUCAUGAAGAACUUGAGCGAUGUCGAGCGCUAAGCGUGCUUGCCACCGAACUACGACAAUGA